AUGGUAAUUAAGACAUUUGACGUUAGUAAUACCAAAACCAUAGAGGCUGUGCCUCUCACACCUGAAGGAUUUAGUCCAUACGGGGGAGUGAUCAGUGCCGAUCAUCAAAUCCUCAAUGUCGAGAGUAGUGCCGCUAACUAUGGUACUGCCCAAAAAAUUCAUAAAGUUGCACCUGUAGUGAAUAACUAUGAAAAGUGUUCUAGCGGCAAGCCUGCCACCGCCAACUGGAACAUCUUCCGGUGUAAGGCUCCCAAACACUUGAUUUCAUCCUCAGGGAUUGGCAAAACUUAUCUUUCAAAAGUGUUGGAAAGACAUCCAUUCACCACUCAGACAUUCAUUCCAAUGGGCCAAGACUUGCACAAAAAGUCUUUUCUUGUGAUUGUGGCCAAAACUGAUGAAACUAGUCCCGAUAUGCUUCCAGAUCCUUCACAAUUGAGGGCUUUUGUGUGCAAGGGGAACCAGUCAAUUACAUAUGGAGCUGGAACUUGGCAUGCUCCAAUGGUAGUCAUCGAUGAGGAGGUUGCACAUAUUGAUUUUGCAGUGUUUAUACAUGAAAAUGGAGUCGCAGACGAAGAUACUCAAGAGUGUUAUUUCGAGCCUGGAUAUAGUGUCAACUAUUCGGUGGCCAGAGACAAAAAAUUGUAG